GCGCGCGGCGAUGUGAGCCAUGAGCGCGACGUGGACGCUGUCACCGGAGCCGCUGCCGCCUUCGACGGGGCCCCCGGUGGGUGCGGGCCUGGACGCGGAGCAGCGCACGGUGUUCGCCUUCGUGCUCUGCCUGCUCGUGGUGCUGGUGCUGCUGAUGGUGCGCUGCGUGCGCAUCCUGCUGGACCCCUACAGCCGCAUGCCCGCCUCGUCCUGGACCGACCACAAGGAGGCGCUCGAGCGCGGGCAGUUCGACUACGCGCUGGUGUGAGGGGCUCGGGUCUGCGCUCAGCACCCGUCCAGCCCCGGCCCCUUCGAUCCCGCCCGUCUCCCCACUAGCCUGGCCAGAGCCCCACCUUGUGCCUUUGCCCGUCCCUGCCCGUCCUCUGCACACUCUGGGCCCGACUGCAUCCCCAACUUCUAAGUGGCGCUGGCUGCUGUCGUGUGCCAGUGUCACCAUGGCUGUGUGGAGCCUGUCUUUGCGUCCUGCGGGGCAGGAUGCUGCAUCCGAUAAUGCCCUCCUGCCCAAGCCCUGGACCCGGAAGACGGACCGCGGCUGCUGCGCCCCGGGACGCACGGUGCAUUCCGUCCCCAGGUCAGCGCGCCCUUCCCCGUGCGCACCUCUGCUUCCAUGGGCCCCGCCGCCUGCCCAGCUCUCCCCACGCCCCUCCGCUGCCUUCUCCUCUCGCCCUGUCUCUGAGCUGUGAUGAUGAUGGCGGUGAUAAUAAAAGCUACUAUUGAGCGCUCACUGCAUGCCAAGCAA